AUGCAAUAUUUACUCAGACAUUUCAUUCGCAUACCCCAUUAUCAUUAUUCCUAAUUCACUCCCUCUAUUGCAUCCACCCUUAAAAAUCUCUCUCCCUCUUAAUUAACUCAAUUUAAUCAACUUAUUUCAAAUGAUGAUGAGAAAAAACUUAAAUUAAUUGCCUAUCUAGUAUAAAAACUAAAACCAGGAUUAAUACCAUAUAAACAAAUUUUACUCUAAUAAAUAAGAAAUAAUUCAAUUGAAUCAAAUUAGGAUUUAGAAUAUGCAAUCAAAUUGAUUCAAAAAAUAUAAAAUCCAGAAUUCUAUCUCAAUGAAUAUAUUAAUACUAUAUAAGAAAAAAGAAUACAUUCAUUUAUUAUACAAAUAAACUAAAAAUAUCCUGGUCUUUGUUCAAAUGAAUAAUUAAUAAAAAUUAAAGAAUAAUUUCCAGAAUGUACAUAAGAAAUGAUAAUCAAACUUAAUUAAAAUAAAUAAAAUUAAUCUAAACAACAAAUAUAUUAGAAGAUUCAAACUUUUACACCAAGAGAUAUACCUGAAUAACAUAAUCUACCUGAACAAUUAGAAAAACAUAAAUGUAUUACUUAAGGUAAAAUUGUAUUAAGAUUUCCUCCUGAACCUAAUGGAUAUUUACAUUUAGGACAUGUAAGAUCAAUUAGAUUGAAUUUUUAUUCUGCUGAAUAAUUAAAUGGUUAUUGUUAUCUAAGAUAUGAUGAUACUAAUCCUGCUAAUGAAAAAUAAAUAUAUAUUGAUGAAAUUGAACAUAAUGUAAAAUGGUUUGGACAUAAACCAACUCAUAUUACAUAUGCUUCAGAUUAUUUUCCAUUUAUAUUUGAUUGUGCAAUUAAAUUAAUUAAAGAUAAUAAAGUAUUUCUAUAAUAUUUAAUUAUAGGCCUUUAUUUGUGAAUAAAAUAGAGAUGAAAUGAAAGAAUACAGAAGAAAUAAAUAACCAUCACCUUAUAGAGAUAGAAAUAUAGAUGAAAGUUUACGUAUCUUUAAUGAAAUGUAAGAGGGAAAACAUCCUGAAAGUAAAUAUACAUUAAGAUUGAAAAUUGAUUAUCAACAUGCAAAUCCUACUCUUAGAGAUCCUGUAAUUUAUAGAGUUUUGUAUACUCAACAUCCUAAAAGUGGUGAUAAAUGGAAAGUAUAUCCAAUGUAUGAUUUUGCUCAUUGUAUAUGUGAUUCAUUAGAAAAUAUAACUCAUUCACUUUGUACUUUAGAAUUUGAAAUUAGAAGAGAACUUUAUUAUUGGAUAUUAACAAAUUUGAAUUUGUAUAAGCCUUUUGUAUAUGAAUUUUCUCGUUUAAACGUUUCCAAUAAUAUGUUAUCUAAAAGAAAGAUUGGGAAAAUGAUAGAAAUGGGAAUAGUUAAUGGAUGGGAUGAUCCUAGAUUAUUGACUUUGGCUGGAUUAAGAAAAAGAGGGUAUACUCCUUAGGCUAUAAAUGAAUUUAUUGAUUAAGUUAGUGUGCCAAGAGGUGGUAAUGAAUAAAUAAUUUCUAUUAAAUUAUUGGAGAAUUGCAUUAGAAAGGAAUUGGAAAAAACAGUACCUAAGAUUAUGGCCAUUCUUAAUCCAAUAUUGAUUGAUGUUGAAAUUGAUAAAAAUACAAUAAAAUAAGUUUAUGUUUAAUAAGAUGAUGUAAAAUUAGUAAGUAAUCCUGAUUUUUAUGGUUUAACACCUAAUAAAUAAGUUUGUCUAAGAUUUUUUGGAGUAAUCUUAUGUGAAGAUAUAAUAUUAGAGUAUGAUAAAGUGAAAUAUAUAAAAGUAAAAUUAAUAUCAACAGAUAUAAAUGAAAGAAAGAAAUUAUAAGGAUAAAUAAAUUGGUUAGAUAAAAAUGAUUGUAUUACUGGAACAGUAAAUGAAUAUUCAUAUCUUUUUGAUACUGAGAAUCCUGCAGAAAUUCAAGAAUUCUGGAAUAAUUUUAAUAAAAACUCAUUACAAAUCUAUGACGUCAAAGUACCUAAGUAGUUGGAAUACAAAGUUGGAGAUAGAUUCUAAUUUGAACGUAAUGGAUUUUAUAUAGUGGAUUCUAUUAAAGAUGGUCAUAUCUAUUUCAAUAAAAUAGUUGGACUUGUAGAAGGAGAAAAGAAAAAUCUAAAGUGAA